AUGGAUAACUUCAUGCGGAUGACCAAAAGUCUUGGGCACAAGCCCGAACUACUACGUCUCAGAGCCCUGGAUGCUACUUACGACGACGCCUUGCAGGGGAAACUUGUGAUAGCGCCUGUUGAUCUGAAUGAACCCGGGAAGAAAAUACUGGAUUCUGGUACCGCUGAUGGUAAGCAUUUCCCUGUGGUCUUGCUUUUUCCAUGGCUUCGACUGACCGAAGAAAAAGGAACCUGGCUGCGCGGUGUUCGCAGCAAGCAAUCCGUGCAGCAUGACUACUACGGUAGCGACGUCGAAGGCGAGCUAUUCCCCGAGGAUACAGAGGGCAUCGAAUACUUUGCGCAUUCGUUCAAGGAUCCUUGGCCCCAAAAGUAUUUGGGGAUUUUCGACCUCGUUCACAUUCGAGGCAGCCUAGCGGGCUCCGCCCCGGAGGGGCCUGCCCCUGUGAUCAAGAAUCUUACUACUCUGUUGAAGUCUGGUGGUUGGGUUCAGCUCAUGGAAAUGAAUGGCUUCAGUGCGCCAAAGAAUGGACCUGCUAUGACGGACUUCGCAAAAAAUGGCAUCUGA